UCGGGGGAGGAGAGAUCAUCCUGCAGAGCUGGAGCGCGGAGAAGAGCUGGAAACGCAGACAGACCCAUCAGUUAGCCCUGCUCCUCGCUCACCAACGCCACAGCGCAGGAAAGGAAGCAGUUCCGCGCCUGUCUCGCACCAGGUUGACGCACACUGAAAGAUGCGUGCCAACGCGUGGCAGCCAUUGGUCGCUGCGUGGCUGUCGGCAGCGCUGAUUGGUUGGGCGUGGUGCCACGACGGGGCGUGUCUCCAAGGAGGGAAACACAGAGCCGAGCCGAGCCCAGAGCCGUUUCUCCGAGAGUGCACCCUCUACUCAGACAAUGCCUGCUGCUCAGAGCAGGACACCCAGGAGCUGGCUGGCUCGCCCAUCUCCCAGGUGGACGGCGUGUCCUGGGAUAGGUGUGGACCCCUCAGCCCCGUGUGCGAGGGCUUUCUGAAGCGCUUGGCCUGUUUUUACCGCUGCUCUCCGGACGCGGCCCGCUGGGCUCACCCACACCGGCCCUCUGCGAUCCAGGGGGUACCCCUGUGCCUCAGCUUCUGCCAGGACUGGUUUGAAGCAUGUAAAGAGGACCUGAUCUGCGCGCACAACUGGGUGAGCGACUGGGAAUGGGGACCCCAGGGAAACAACUGCACUAGAAACUGCAUUCCCUUCCAGCAGAUGUACACGGACAGCAAGGACCUCUGUGACAGCCUGUGGGGGGACUCCUUUGUCGCGGUGGACGAUGCUGGGCAGGGGGACCAGAGUUCCUGUGCCUGCCUGAGUCUCGGCCCCUCCGACCGCCAGGUGACGGAGGCUCUCCGCGCCCAGGAGGGGAACCCUGACGAGCUGGACACCACCAAGACAGGCCUGCCUCCUGCCCCCUGCCGCCGCCUCCCCACACUGCCCCCGCAGGCCCGGAGGAGCAACAACCAUCGCAACGCCCUGCGCAAGAGGUCUCUCUUUGUGGAGGACGUGGAGGGUAGCGGCAGUGGCUUCUAGGGUGUCCCCUUCCUGGGAGGGAGGCACCCACAGAUCCAGGUCUUCUGCCUCCCCAUCACAUCCCUUGGCUUCAGAAGAAAUGCGACGAGACUAGUUUUGGGGCCCCUAAUUCAUCCAGUGUGGAGCUACUCCGCCCCCACGUGGCUUGUCCAACCCACGCCAUUGACUGUUGCUGAUCCUGCAAUCAAUCCAGGAAAUAGAUCAGGUGUUUCCAGCCAAACUGUGCAGCACAAUGGAAAGGAGCCACAGGCUGGACUUGCAGAAACUUAUUUGUUUGAUCUGUAUUACUACAGUUAAACAAAGCUGGGAAAACCCAGAAAAUGUAUUUGUUCCCCACGAAAUAGUGUACCCCAAGUCCAAAGGUUCUUAGUUGGAUCUUGCAGGAUAGGUUUCAAAGAUUUACACUCCAGGGGCAUCGAUCAUACAUUGUAGAGAUGGCAUUGCCAGUGCUAACUCUAAGAAAAAAACCUGCUUUUGGCCUGAUCUGUUCUUUCCUGUUAAAUAACAUAUCCCUUUACCUUUAAGGAAAAACAGAGAUCAGAAAUGAUUCCUGCAACAUGGCACAAAAUACACACUUUGAUGCAAAGUCUUUAAUAAAACUGCAUCUCUUAUCAUAGUAGUUGACAAAAAAUGUACAUAAUGAUUUUUUGUGUUUAUCCUGCCACUGUUUGUGGACAGCUGCUAGGCAUUGGUAUUUUCUGUAGGAGGCUAUUUAAGUAUUACAGUGGACAUAACUGAAUUCUGUUAAAUAAGCUAACUUUGACUUCCUAGUCUGUUUAGUCCAUAAAGCUAACUUACCCUGAAAAGCACACGUAUCGCUGUUUUUCUUUAAGACUACACAAAAAAUAUUCAGACCUCUGCAUUCAACAAAAAUUAUACUUUUGUUAGUGACGUCUAAAAAUGCAGACUUUGCAGAAAAACCUCCUUUGAGGACAUUAACGAGUUCAGAUGAGGAUCUGCAGAUGACAAGCAGAAGCUUUACCACAAAAACCCUCUAAUUAACGAGGAACUUGCAGGACACAGGGUUUUUAUAAAAUUAUGGAAGAGCACGGACAGGUGUGCAAGAUCAGAAAGGGUCGACUGCGAUGUGAAUGCACACUCCACCUUCACUUCAAAGUGUACUAGUGCUGUUUCUCUUCUCUCCCAAAUGCUGAAUAAAGGUUGGAUUCUAAUCAUUUC